AUGAGCCUGGAGCUAAAGCAUCAUGUUCAAGAAAAGAAAGAUCUUGAAGAAUGGAAAUUAGCAAUGAGAAUACAAGAUUUCUUUCUUUCUCUUAACUCAACCGACAAAACGUUCGCGCGAAGCAAACAACAGCAUAAGAAAACGACAAAAAUGAUUGAGAAUGUUGCUCGACGUUGUUGCUAA